AACGUAAUUUACCCAAUAAAAUAAAAUACAUAUGGGGCCCCAGAAAAAAAAUAUCUUAGCCUAGGGCCCCUUAUAAUAAUUGGGCCGGCCCAUGCUGCUGUCAUUUGCCUCAAUUUUGAAUCAAAUGUCCCUAAACCGAAGCAGCAAUUGUUUUCGGGGUCUAAAACUAAUUUAACAUAAAUUGUAGGACUCAAGGAAGAAAUAAAACUACCACAGGGGUAUGAAAACCAUUCGCCGAUGGAUAAAUUUGAAUAGAGCGAGCGAGCCUUUAGUUACCGUUGGGAAAACGCCACACACACACACACACACACACAGAAAACGCAGAGAGGAGGAGAAGAAGACGAUGCCGAAGAACACCGACGCGGCGAAAUCGAAAAUUAGGUCAAAAUCGACGAGGAAGCCACUCCGAGACGUCUCAAAUGCCAAAACUGCCAUCAAAUCCGCCAUUAAUUCCAAGAAAACCUCCGAAGAUGGAGGAGGGCAAACGGGAGAGUAUUCGCUCGAUAACCUCUUGCUCGUACACUCCGAUCUCUCCUCCCUCAUGCGACAGAUCGACGAGCUUGUGGUCCAAGCACUUAAUGUGACAAGCAAUAAGGGGAGGCAGGAAAUCAAACAAUUUGCAGAUGUCUUGUCUGAUAUUCAGAAUUCCUUAAAGCCAUGGGUUCCCAGAUUUCAGAAGGCACUUCUCAUGCCCGAGAGUAAGUCUGAGCAGCCUAUCGAAAGAAACGUAGUUUGUGAACAGAAAGAAAGUACAAAUGCUGUCAUCGAAAGCCCUGUACAAACUAAGUGGGAGUCGCUUGUCUCUCCAUCUCCCCUUGUGUCUUGGCGGGCUGAAUGCAAUACAGAAGGUGGUAGGCAAUUGUUUCUACUCACACCCCUGCCUCAGAAAACGGCAUUUUCGUCCAAAUAUCCGACAUCCUCUAUUCGUGCAUUGGAAGAUAUUACAUUUGAUUCAGCCAGAAACUUGGAUAAGAAUCUGGCUGAAACUGUUCCAGACGAGGUUUUGGAUAAAGAAGAGGUAACUAAAGCUGUUGGCGAUCUUCGGACCAAGUGUGUUUCUCCAGAAAAAUUCUCAAAAACGAAUCGCUCUAUGUUUGUGAUGACUACUCCGUGCUUGAAAAUGUCGCCGCCCAAGUCUUGCAUAUUGCUCGAGCCAAUAUCUGCCUUCUCCAAAAAGAAGAACAAGGCAUUCCAUAAAUCUACCCCUUUUCCUUCAAGAGUUGAAAUUCCUAGCGAGUCCCUAGAUUCUGAAUCCUCGAGCAGUCAGUCCUCGGAUGAUUCGAAGGUGAAGUAUCCAGAGAUUUUGGGGAUAAAAACAGAAAAUUUGGAGAAGAAAAUGGUGGCGGAAUAUUCACCAAGUUGGAUUGUAUCACCUCCUAAAACAUGUGCUAUAAUGGAGCCUUCUGAUGAAAAACUCUUGAAAGACCUUUCCGGUAAUCAGGAAGAAGACUCGUUGAUAAUUAAAGAGCUUAAAGAUAUUGGUGGUAAAGUUGAUUUAGCUGAAAGUACACCUAUGAUCAAGGUGCCGGUGAGCAGUUUCCGAAUUGGAAAGCAUCCAGGGGAGAACACAUUGAAGAAGGAACUCUGGACAAGAUUUGAAGCAGCAUCUACUUAUGGUACUCGUUUCGAUGGCUCGUGUGUAGAAGAUUCUACUACCAAAGGGUUUCUUGACAAAUUGGAAGAGGUUUUCGAUGCAUAAUAUUGUGUCUGUCAUUAGUAAAAUUUUGAGCUCAACUAGUGAAAGUAUGUGUAGAUUGUCUGUGUUGUUAACAAAAGCUACAGCUUAAAGACCUUCAUUAGAGGAUUUUUGAGAUAUAAAUUUUAAAUGUAAUGUAUAAAUGGUGCAGUUUUUAUCUUCUUAACCGGGUCAACAGAUUUUGACCCGGAACCGUGACUUUAUUAGGGCGAUUAAAAGAUGGGGUCGAAACUCGAACCAAUGGUUUGAACCGGCGGGUUGGCCCGUAUGUUUAACAAAUUUAUUUUUU